ACAAGCAAGCAAGUGUGCAGUGAGUCUCAGAGACGUUAAAUCAGUGGUCUAAAAACACGUGGUCCCAUCCAGAAGAAUCUUUUUGGACAACACAACUUUCCUGUGCUCUGUUAACAAGACAACGUGCCUCCAUCGUUAUCUUCUUUCUCACUGGCUCUCUUUCUGCUGGUUUUGACGUGUUGCUCAUUUUGGCUCUGACCUAUUUCCGGCAUCAACCUCAGCCUUGACUUCAACAGCCAAAAGAGAAGGAUAGAGAAAGAAGAGAAAGGACAUUACACCCAACAGGGAAAUUAAAGAAGACUAGGAUUUAUUUCUGCUCACGUUCUCAUUCUGCUCUCACGCUGGGGAAGGCAAAACGGACCCCUUUCAGAUUUCUCACUUCUCAAGUCCGCUGCAGGAUUCGGCAAGCCUCCAUCAUGCACCUGAAAACCAUGAAGUGCAACCGCUUCUGCCUUAUCGCAUCCCUAGAGGAUCUGGAUAUGUUUAAUAGACCUGAGGCCAGGGCUGGUUUCGAGGAGCUCUUCCGUGCCUUUGAUAGUGAAGUUACCUUUCAGUAUUUCAAGAGCUUCAGGCGAGUGAGAAUUAACUUCAGCAACGCUCUGGCAGCUGCAGAGGCAAGAGCAAGACUCCACAAGAGCGACUUCAAUGGCUCGGAGCUCAGACUUUAUUUUGCUCAGUCAGUAAAUAUAGGAAGUGCACGUUUGGAGCCUCCUAAACCAGAGAAGCAGUUCCUCCUCUCUCCACCUCCAUCUCCUCCUGUGGGAUGGGAACAGCGUCAGGAUGCCACACCUUUCAUCAACUACGACCUUCUCUGUGCCAUCGCCAGACUUGGCCCAGGGGAAAAAUACGAGCUACACUCUGGAACCCCGACUACCCCCAGCGUGGUGGUGCACGUGUGCGAGAGUGAACAGGACAGCUCCGGUGCCGAGGACGAUUCGGACAGCUUCAGACAGCCGCGACCCAAAAUCAUCCAGACCCGACGUCCAGAUUACAGCUCCUCCAUCACCCAGUGAGCAUGAGGAGAACGUCCUUGUCCUGUUAAGUUUGUUUUUCUGUCUCUGGACUGUCAGGCGUGCAGGUAGUCUGUCCGCAUAGGGGAAGCGUUCAGUCAGAGCUCAGUCCUGCAGGAAAAGACAUAAUACAUCUGCACUGUCUUUCAGGGGGAAGUGAGUUUAUUGCAUGCAUUUGUUGAUAAAGUGGCUCAUUUCUCCACAUCUAAAGGUCAUUGGGAUUUCAUGGAUGGUUUCCACUGAUGACUAUGGCUACAGAGAACAAAAGCCUUCUGUUCUGGCUUUAUUUAUUUCCUUUAAUUUGAGAUGCAUGUUUUAGGACAGUGCAAGGAGAAUUUUUAUGAUGGAACUCAUCACAGUUUGCCUUUGUAGGCGAGCCUUUGUAGGAUUCUGUUAAUGUUAGACUUAAACAUUUGUGGUUAUGGGUUUUGGAUUUUUUUUUUAUUUGUUUGUUGUAAGGGAAAACAAGGAAGAUGAAAUACAGAUUAUAUUUAAUAAGCUUCCUGUCUGAAAAAUCAUGAUAUAUGUUGAAUUAACCACUUGUUUACGACUAAUUUGACAAAUAUUAUUUUUGGUCAGUAGGAAUGAAAUGUUUAUUGCCAAAUCCUGACAUAUUGUAUCAUCUUGAUAAUAUUUGUAUGGAAAUAAUUUGUCAUGACUGUAAUUUGCAUUCGUUUCCUUUGACCUUAACACUGUAAUACAGUCGGUUUUAACGAGGGACGACCUUUAGGCCCUUUACUAAGAUUUGCACGUAACGUGUUACAUGGUGGAAGUCAUUGUACUAACGUCUGCUCUGUUCAUUUUGUUCGACUGUGUGCGUCUGUUUACCUCAUUGUAACGUCUUAAUUGUCCGAUUGUUCAGAAAUAUAAAAGAACUUGUUUGGUUUCCACAAUCUUGUCGACUCAGUAACAGAUCUGGAUGUACGUAUUGUGAUUUGUACCUUAACAACCAAAAUAAUAAAUCAGGAUUUUGACUUGUA